UCAGGUUCAGAAUGUUUGCUUGUAACCAUAUACAGAACGGUUUGUCAACGAGAGAAAGAGAGAGAAAGAGAGAGAGAGAGAGAGAGAGAGGCUGCCAUUAAUGAAGAGUGAUGGGUAGUGGAAGAAUGGCAAGGGAAAGGUGCACCAUCUCUUUCUGGUUUCUUAUAGUAUGUCUCCUUCUCGUCGUUUUAAGCAUAGUCUCCUCAUCUCUUGGACCAGUAUCUUCCUUCCAUAUAUGUUUUUCUUCACCGAGGCUAAAGGCGUACUGUCUUGGUUCUGGCUUUGAUCCCCUGCAAGCCCGUGCGCAUGACCUUCAUGGAAAGGCUCUAUACGCUUCACAUCUUGAAGAAGAAACACAUACUGCUAAGGAGAGGCUUAAGGCUCCAGGUACAGUGGUGAUGCAGGAGAACCACAUCUAUUACAAGCUUUCAGAUGCUGAGUCCAAUUCGACAAGCAUGCCGUCGGAUCCAAAGGGCAGCUUGCAGUUGCAGGAAAGUGCAACGCCAAGGAAUCAAAGUGCUGAAGAAGUAGAUUAUGCAGAGAGGGAAGUAAAGAAGCAAAUUCAGAAGCUAAGGUAUGUAGCUCAAAGCAAUACAUGCCAAGGAAAUUGUACUAAUGUUGCAUGCGAGGGGAAAGGUAUAUUUGUGUAUGAUCUGCCUGCCAAAUUCAACAAAGAAAUGCUAGAGAAAUGUGGUGACAUCUUCCCAUGGAUGAAUUUCUGUAGCUACCUCACCAACCAGGGCAUGGGAAGAGCUGUCCAUGAACUGGGUCCAAAUUGGUACUCGACGAAUCAAUUCUCGCUCGAGUCAAUCUUCCAUUCUCGAAUCAAGAAUCAUCGUUGCCGGGUUUUCAAAGAAGAAGAAGCCUCCCUUUUCUAUGUUCCAUUCUAUGGAGGAUUGAAUGUGUUGAAGAUGAAUUUCAAUGGCGCCACAGUCAGUGCCAAGGACCAACUUGGUCUGGAGCUUGUAGAAUGGAUCAAGACCAAGAGCUCAUGGGUGAGAAAGCAAGGGAGGGAUCAUUUCCUUGCAUUGGGUACCAUCUCAUAUGACUUGAGGAGAAGCAAUGGGGAGUGGGGCUCAAAUUUUUUAGAGUUAGAUCAGAUGCAGAACCCAAUUAAACUAAUGAUAGAACGCCAACCUUGGCAGAUGAAUGAUGUAGGGAUUCCUUACCCUACAAACUUCCACCCCAAUUCAGAUGAGGACAUCACCAAUCUGCAAUCCAAGCUAUCCAGCUCCAACAGGACAACUUUCAUUAGUUUCGCUGCCGGUGGACGGCCGAAAAUGAAGACCAACGUUAGAUCAAUCUUGAUUCAGGAAUGCGUGAAGAACUCAAGUCUUUGCACUUAUCUUGAUUGCAAAGCAGGUGACUGCGUGAACCCUGCGACAGUGAUCAAGCUCUUCAUGGACUCUGAGUUCUGCUUGCAGCCUCCUGGAGAUAGCCCAACCAGGAAAUCCUUCUUUGAUUCACUUGUCUAUGGUUGCAUCCCAGUUGUAUUUGAUCCUUUCACAGCAUUCUACCAGUAUCCAUGGCACUUGCCGGAGGAAGGCAGGCGCUACUCGGUCUACAUAGAUCAACAACAAGUGAAGCAGGGGAAAGUGAAUGUCCUGGAUGUGCUUAGCAAGGUACCGGUUGAAGAAAGAAGAGAGAUGAGAAGAUACAUCAUCUUCGAGCUCAUGCCUCGGAUCAUUUAUGCUGGUUCUGAUUCAAAGUUGCUGAAGUUUCAGGAUGCUUUUGAUAUUGCCAUCAACAAUCUACUGCAUAUGGUAACAAGAGAUGAGAUUCAUCGUAUCUCUACUUAAUAUGCAUAUAAUUCUUUCUUUCAUUUCUUUUUUUGCUUGAAUUCUUUUACAGUAAGAUCAUGCUUCUUGUAGCAGCGGCAUCCAAGUCUGUGGAGGAUCAUAUACUGGAAAGUGUAAAAAGGAAAUAGAAGAAUCUUAAGAAUUUGCCCACUGAAUUAAAC